CGGGGCUUGACGAGAGGCCAGCUUUCCACUGUUGCCAGGAGAGACAGCCGCAGGGAGGCGGAAAUUGCCGAGGCGGGCGGCGAGUGCCGAGGCGGCGCGCGGGACGGUCUGGCGGCCAUGGCGGCCCCGGGACCCGCGAGUCGCUUCUGGUGCUCGUGUCCCGAGGUGCCCUCCGCCACAUUCUUCACCGCCCUGCUCUCGCUGCUGGUGUCGGGGCCCCGCUUGUUCCUGCUGCAGCCACCUCUGGCACCGUCGGGGCUAUCGCUGCGCUCCGAGGCCCUGCGCAACUGGCAAGUUUACAGGCUGGUGACUUACAUCUUCGUCUACGAGAACCCAGUCUCCCUGCUCUGUGGUGCCAUCAUCAUCUGGCGCUUUGCUGGCAACUUCGAGAGGACCGUGGGCACCGUCCGCCAUUGCUUCUUCACCUUCAUCUUUACCGUCUUCUCCGCCAUCAUCUACCUGUCAUUCGAGUCGGUGUCAUCGCUGUCCAAGCUGGGUGAGGUGGAGGAUGCCAGAGGGUUCACCCCCGUGGCUUUUGCCAUGCUGGGAGUCACCUCAGUCCGCUCUCGGAUGAGGCGGGCCCUCGUGUUUGGCGUGGUGGUGCCUUCCGUCCUGGUGCCGUGGCUGCUGCUGUGUGCCUCCUGGCUCAUUCCUCAGACCUCCUUCCUCAGCAAUGUCUCUGGCCUUUUGAUCGGCCUAUCAUACGGCCUCACCUACUGCUACUCCCUUGACCUCUCGGAGCGAGUAGCCCUGAAGCUUGAUCAGAAGUUCCCCUUCAGUGUCAUGAGGAGGAUCCCCCUGUUCAAGUACGUCUCAGGUUCUUCUGCUGAAAGAAGAGCCGCCCAGAGCCGGAAGCUGAACCCUGCACCUGGCUCCUACCCCACACAGAGUUGCCACCCUCAUCUAACUCCAAGUCACCCUGUCACCCAGAUGCAGCAUGCGAGUGGCCAGAAACUGGCCUCCUGGCCUCCCGGACACAUGCCCAGCCUCCCUCCAUACCAGCCUGCUUCUGGCCUGUGUUAUGUGCAGAACCACUUUGGUCCUAACUCCAGUGCCUCCAGUGUGUACCCAGCUUCUGCAGGGACCUCCCAGGGUGUACAGCCUCCCUCCCCUAUCAGCUGUCCUGGCACUGUGUAUUCUGGGGCUCUGGGCACCCCAGGGGCUACAGGCUCCAAGGAGUCUUCCAAGGUUGCCAUGCCCUAGCCAGUCUGCAGAGAAGGCUCCUACACGUUGGGCAGAGAAAGGUCCUAUCUGAGUGAGGAAUUGCUUAAGGAUUAUCUGUUGAAGGGCAUGCUGGUCUGUCAUCCCAGCUGCUUGGGAGGUUGAAGUCAGUAGAUCCAAAGAUCAAGGUCUGUCUGGGCUCCAGAACAAGUUCAAGGCCAGCCUAGGCUAUGUAUAACAAAACUGUCUCAAAAUUAAUAAAAAUGGCUGGAACUGGGGCACUUUGGUAGAAUGCUUACCUAGCAUAGUCCUCAGCUCCACCCCUCCCCACAAAAAAGAUUAUUUAUGAAAUACCUCUAUGCGCCAGCUCUAUUGAGUACUUUGAUAAAUGUCCCUGUAUAUCUGUGUCGUUUACCCUCAAGGCAGCUCUAGAAAGUAAAGUUUACUGACCCAGCUUUCAGACACAGGAAAUAAAACAGCGUAGAUGGACGUGCCUGUAAGCGCAACUAUGGUCAAGGCAGGAUCAGACAUUGACGGUCACCCCAGCUACACAGUGGGUCUGAAGCCAGCCACUGGGCUGCAUGAGAAGUCAGACGUUCUGGGGUCCCCUGGAGUCUUAGGUUUCUUGGUUCCUAACCCAGUGUCCCGAGCAUGAGAAAGUACGGCUGUCGUUAACUGCCAGGGACUUGCUGGUCCUACCGUCCCAUCCUGCUCAGUGCCUGUGAGUCCUUGUACAGUCUGUAACCCGUCUUCCCCCUGCAGCCGUCCUGACUUCUGCCAGACUGUGAUGACCCGCAGCAGCGUGCUGGUGGUCCACCCUGUGAGUUACCUUUGUAUAAAACCAGCCUCCAGCCUGCCA